AGCAACGGCUGCGAUGCACGAUUGGUAGCUUUGAAUGCAAUUCAUGGCCCUACUUUGCUAGACCCAAAAAUUUACUGCCUCCAACAUCUUACAGCUUCUCAUUCUCUCUCUUUUUCUGCUUCAAAAAUGGGUUCAAAGAACCAGAACAAACCUCCAUUUCAACAUAACACUACUCUCACAACUACUUCCACUAUCACCCCAAGCUCUUUAAAAAAGAAAUACAUUGCUGAUGUGGUGAGUGAAGAUAAGGGACAAAGGCUUGGAUUUGAAAAAAUGGUUGGCACUGCAAAUAAUGGUAGGCUCAGACUAGCUUUCUCACUUGUAAAUGGCUCCCAAGAUCUUGACCUCAGUAGCGCACCUGCGAGUAAUGCGGGUUCAGAAUGUGGUGGCAUUGAGUUCACUAGAGAGGAUGUGGAAGCAUUAGUGAAUGAGAAAAUGAAGUACAAGAACAAAUUUAACUAUAAGGAGAGAUGUGAGAAUAUGAUGGAGUAUAUAAAGAGACUUAGGCUAUGCAUUAAGUGGUUCCAAGAACUUGAGGGAGAGUAUGCAUUUGAGCAAGAGAAAUUAAGAAAUGCUUCGGAAUUGACUGAGAGAAGAUGCUCUGAAAUGGAGGUGGCUCUAAACAACAAGGAGGAAGAACUUAAUUUGAUUAUUUUGGAGCUUAGAAAAAGCUUGGCUUCCUUACAAGAUAAGCUCGCAAAAGAAGAAUCAGAGAAGAAGGCUGCAGUAGAUUCACUUACUAAAGAAAAAGAAGCUCGAACUAGUAUUGAAAGGUCACAAGCUUCUCUUUCAGAAGAGCUCGAGAAAGUUCAAGGCGAGCUUGAUGGUGCCAAUCAAAGGAUAGCAUCAAUUAAUGAUAUGUACAAGCUACUACAAGAGUACAACUCGAGUUUACAGUUAUACAACAGUAAACUCCAGACAGAUCUUGAUACAGCUCAUGAAACCAUUAAGCGAGGAGAGAAAGAGAGAUCAGCCAUAGUGGAGAAUCUUCACACCUUAAGGGGUCAACAUAAAUCAUUGCAAGAUCAACUUAUGUCAUCUAUAGCUUCCCAAGAUGAAGUUAUGAAGCAGAAAGAUGCUUUGCUGAAUGAAGUUGCAUGCCUUAGAAUGGAGUUACACCAGACCCGAGAAGAUCGUGAACACUAUCAACAGCAAGUGCAAAGUCUAGCUGCUGAAGUAUCGAAAUACAAAGAGUUGGCUACCAAUUCAAGCGAAUUAGAGGAAAAAUGCUUGUCACAAGGCAAUCAAAUACAAAUUUUGCACGACCAACUAGCAGUUGCAGAGAGGAAAUUACAGAUGUCUGAUAUGUCCAUAUUCGAGACAAGAAAUGAAUUUGAAGGGCAAAAGAAACUCAUUGAGGAGUUGCAGAAUCGCUUGGAAGAUGCAGAAUUUAAGCUUAUAGAAGGGGAAAAGCUGCGUAAGAAGUUGCAUAAUACUAUAUUGGAAUUGAAAGGGAACAUCCGUGUAUUUUGUAGAGUGCGGCCUCAAUUGCCUGAUGACAGUUCAAGUAAUCAGGCAAAGGUUUUCUCUUAUCCCACGUCAAUGGAAUAUCUGGGACGUGGCAUUGACAUGACACAAAAUGCGCAAAAGCAUUCUUUCACUUUUGACAAAGUAUUUAUGCCUGAUGCAUCACAAGAGGAAGUUUUUGUAGAAAUAUCACAACUUGUCCAAAGUGCUCUUGACGGUUACAAGGUUUGCAUUUUUGCCUAUGGGCAAACAGGUUCGGGUAAAACCUAUACCAUGAUGGGAAAACCAGGUCAACCAGAUGAGAAGGGAUUAAUACCACGCUCAUUAGAGCAAAUAUUUCAAACUAAGCAAGCACUUCAACCUCAAGGCUGGAGAUAUGAAAUGCAGGUCUCCAUGUUAGAAAUAUACAAUGAAACCAUUCGUGAUUUAUUAUCAACAAACAAGGAUGCAUCACGAAUCGAAAAUGGUGUUGCUGGAAAGCAAUAUACUAUUAAACAUGAUGCAAAUGGAAACACACAAGUUUCAGAUCUUACUAUUGUGGAUGUUCAAAGUAGCAGAGAGGUCAAGUAUCUUUUAGACCGAGCUGCUCAUAGCAGAUCUGUUGGAAAAACUCAAAUGAAUGAACAAUCAUCAAGAAGUCAUUUUGUUUUCACUAUGCGAAUAACUGGUGUUAAUGAGAGCACAGAACAACAAGUACAAGGUGUCUUGAAUCUGAUUGAUCUUGCUGGAAGUGAGCGUCUUUCCAAGAGUGGCUCAACAGGGGACCGAUUAAAGGAGACUCAAGCAAUUAAUAAAAGUCUAUCAUCUUUAGCUGAUGUUAUAUUUGCAUUGGCAAAGAAGGAGGAUCAUGUACCAUUUAGAAACUCCAAGCUCACUUAUCUUCUUCAGCCCUGUCUAGGUGGAGACUCAAAGACUUUAAUGUUUGUAAAUAUAUCUCCUGAACCCUCCUCGGCAGGUGAGUCCCUCUGCUCGUUGCGUUUCGCAGCCAGGGUAAAUGCUUGCGAGAUAGGUACUCCACGACGACAACUCAACAUGAGGACUUCAGAAUCUCGUUUGAGCUACGGCUGAUUCUUCUCUUUUUUUUUUU